GGGAGGGACUCACAGACGGGACCGGACAGAAGGACAGCCGGCGAGGCCAUGCCCGGGGAAGCAGCCCGCGCAGAGCGGCUGCUGCCAGAGGCAGGAGGCCCAGGGCCCCGAAAAGAUCUGUCUUUCGAUGCAGCUGAGGCCACCAGCCCAAGAGGGGACCAGCUGGCGCAAUGUGCCCUGACCCCCGGACCCAACGCCCUGGCCCUUGCAUUCCUGCCCAGCAAGCCAGGUGCCCGGCCUCCACCCGAGGGAGCCAGCUGGGAUGUAGGGCCCGGCCAGGCACCCUCAUCCUGGGCAGUCCCCAUGGAGGGCGGCCCUAGCUUAGGGCCCCCUGAGGUCCAGCCCCCCAAAGGGCCUCUCCCAGCCACCCUGGAGCCACGGAUUGUAAUGGGCGAGGAGACGUGCCCGGUGCCCUGGGUGGCCCUGCCAGAGCUCAGGGACCAAGAGCAGCGGCCUGGGAGCUGGAGCCCACCCACCACAUGUCCUCAGGGCGACCCCCCUGUGCCUUUCCCUGUGCCUGACCCUGAGUCCUACUUUACACCUCCCUCCACCCCCAGCGAGGCCCCUGCCCUGCUUCCCAGCCCCAGGCCCCACCAGGAUGUGGAGGGUACCCAGGCUGAGCCUGAGGCCUCAGGGGAAUCACCACCCACCUCACCCUCUGGCUCCUACGUCACCGCAGAUGGGGACAGCUGGGCCUCAUCCGCGUCCUGCUCCCUCAGCCUGCUGGCUCCCUCUGAAGGGCUGGAUGUGGCCUCAGAUUGGGGCUUCUCUCCACCAGAGUCUGAGGCCCACGAGUGGGCGCUACCCCCAGUGGGGUCCCCAGGGCCACUGUCUCCUGAGUCCAGCCUCUCCACGGCCAGCAGCUCUUCCUGCGGCCAGGAGGCCCACUUCCUGGAGCUGGAUUUCCUGGCCGAUGACCCAAUGGUCCCCGCCGCCCUCCUGCCAUUCCGGGGCAGUCUGAUCUUCCAAGUGGAGGCCGUGGAGGUGACGCCGCUGCCGCCCGGGCAGGAGCAGGAGGCCGCAGCCCCAGGCAGGGACUGGGCUGGCGAGGACGAGGACAUCAGCAGCUUCACCUCCUCCCUGCAGUCCCUGUCCGACCUCUCCAUCACUGAGGGCGUGGACGAGGCCUUCGCCUUCCGGGAUGAUGCCUCGGCCGCCUCCUCAGACCCCGACUCGGCUUCUUACACAGGGGUGGAGGAUGAGCAGCUGUACAGCAGCGAGCCCCACGCAGAGCUCGCUGCCCCGCCAGGCCCAGAGUCAGGCCAGGGAGCCCCUGCCGGUCUCCCCAGGGUGGCAGCUCAGGCCCUGGGUCAAGUGGCAGGCUCCGCCACUGGAGCACAGCCCGUGCCCGCAGCCACACCUCAGCUCCAGCAGGGGAGAGAGGGCGCUGCCUCAGGGCCUGAGCCCAGGACUGAGCGCUGGGCCCCGAGAGCAGAGGCAAGCAGGAUGCCCAGCCCAGAGGCUCUGCAGGACCUGAAGGAGGAUGCUGGCCAGGAGCCCUCACCUGAAGGAGAGGGCCACACCCCACCUGAGGACACUGUCCCUGCAGCCACACGCGUGCCCCUUCGGGAUGCAGCCGGCCCUCACACCCUGCAGACAGAUAUGGGCUGUGACUCAGGGACCCAGUCCCCGGCCACCAGGGCCCAGUGGGAAGGAGGCAAAACCUGUGGACUGAAGCCAGACCUCAAGAAAGAUACAGGCCACACUGGAGACCCAGAGCCCCGGGCCUCGGGCCAGACCCAAAAGGGUCAUUCAAAGCCAGAUGGAGACAUCGGGAUGUACUGGGCUCCAUGUGGAGAUGUGUGCUCCCCCAAGACUACUACGGAGGCCCCAGACACCCCCGAACUCGCUUCAAAGUCCCAGGAUACCCCUGAACUCACCUUGAAGGUCCAGGGAACCCCUGAACUUGCUUCAAAGGCCCAGGACACCCCUGAACUUGCUUUGAAGGCCCAGGACACCCCUGAACUCACCUUGAAGGUCCAGGGAACCCCUGAACUUGCUUCAAAGGCCCAGGACACCCCUGAACUCACCUUGAAGGCACAGGGCACCCCUAAACUUGCUUCAAAGGCCCAGGACACCCCUGAACUUGCUUCAAAGGCCCUGGAUAUGCCUGAACUAGCCAAGGAGGCCCUGGAUACCCCUGAGCCUGCUGUGGAUACCCAGGACCCCUCACAUCCCCCCAUGGAGACCCUUGACACCCCAGACUUCCCCAGCCCUACCAUGGAGAUUCUGGAUACCUCUGAGCCCUCUGCAAAGACCCCAGACCUCCCCAGUCCAACCUUGGAGAUCCAAGCCCCCCCACAGUGCCCUAUGGAGGUCCUGGACCACCUGGACCUCCACAAGGAGAAUUCAGGUUGCCCCAAGGUCACCCUGGAGAUCCCAGAACCUUCAUUUCUCCUCACAGAAUCCUUGGACUCCCCCAAAGAGACCCUGGACCCCCCUGGGCCUACCUCCAGUGGGACAGAAGUAGCUGAAGGCCUACUGGCACCCAGCGGAGAAGCCCGUCACGAUGCCCCACUGCCUGUUGGCCAGGGGGCUGAGCCCCACUCACCCUCACGGGAGGCCCCUGGAGUGGAGAAACAGGGGGCUGGCAGCCUUGAGCCGAUGCCCCGGGGCCCCUGCCCCCAGGUUGGUGUGGUGCACCCCCAGAGCCACGCAGGGAAUGGAGGGGUCACCCUGGGGCCCAGGCUGAAGCCGGCUGCGGCCUCAGAGUCUCCAUCAAGGGCUGUGCCCAGGCUGGGCAGAGGCUGUCCCGAGGAGCCCGCACCCACACCUGCACCGCCCUCCCCAUGGCCAGAGCUGAGCCCGGGCAGGGACGAGCAGGCCCAUGUGGCCCCUGGAGCCCCGGGUCCCUCCCCAUCACAGCCCCAGGACAGGCUCCGGAACCCUGAGCCCUCCAUGCCCAGAGGACUCAUGGGGGUGGCCCCUCCCUCAGCAGCACGCCCUGUCCCCUGCCCUUGCCAGGGUCCCCAGGAAGGCUCAGUUGAGGACCAGAAGCCCCCUGGCUCCCCGGACCUCCUGCCACCCCAGGCAGGAGCUCCACUGGCAGUGUCUGCCUUCUCAGGAACCAGGAAGCCCAUGGGGGCUGGGCCGAGGGUCAGUCUCUCACCCAACACCACCCUCCUCAGCCCCUCGGCUGCCCCCGCAGGGGGCACCCAUGCCAAAGACCUGGUCUCGUGGAUCCCACCCCCCUGCCAAGUGCCUCCUGGCUCUAGGCCCCGGAGCCCGGCCAGCCCUCAAGGGUCCCCGGUCACUGAGCAGCAGGACGACCAGGACAGUCUGGAGGAAGAGUCUUCCCGGGUUCCCGGACAGCCCUCGGACAGCCACGGGGAGUCGUCGGCCGAGCUGGAGGAGCAGGAGCCCUCAGGACCUCAGGCUGUGCAGUGCUCGGCCCAGGCCCCAGCCAGCAGCAGCGAGGAGACCUCGGCCAAAGCCAAGCAGAGCCGCAGCGAGAAGAAAGCCAGGAAGGCCAUGUCCAAGCUGGGCCUGAGGCAGAUCCAGGGUGUCACCAGGAUCACCAUCCAGAAGUCCAAGAACAUCCUCUUUGUCAUCGCCAAGCCCGACGUCUUCAAGAGCCCAGCAUCAGAUACCUACGUGGUCUUCGGGGAGGCCAAGAUCGAGGACCUGUCCCAGCAAGUGCACAGAGCUGCCGCCGAGAAGUUCAAGGUGCCCACAGAGCCCUCUGCCCUGGUCCCCGAGUCAGUGCCGGGGCCACGGGUGAGGCCGGAAUGUGAGGAGGAGGAGGGCGAGGAGGAGGAGGUGGAUGAGGCAGGCCUGGAGCUGCGGGACAUUGAGCUGGUGAUGGCCCAGGCCAACGUGUCCAGGGCCAAGGCCGUGCGGGCCCUGCGGGACAACCAGAGCGACAUUGUCAACGCCAUCAUGGAGCUGACCAUGUAGCCACUGGCCGGCACGCGGCUCCACCCCGACCCCAGCUCUGCUGCCCAGUGAAUGGGGGUUCCCUUCACCUCUGCUCCUGCCGCAACUGCUCCCCAAGUGUGGCCUCUCGCUCAACGGGGUGUGGGAGCCACGUGACACCCAAGGAUGGCAGUCCUUCCUCAUGUCCUAUGGGGGGACCUCCCAAGGUGACCCACUUCCGCACUCCGGAGGUGCCCAGCUUGCGUGGGGACUGCAAGCAGACCCGUCACCUCGCGGUGGCCCAGCCGCAGACCCGAGGACUAGCUCUGGGAGAGCUCCCCGGCACUGGGCUACAGAGGCUGCAGGGAGGCAGCCUUGCUCAGGGCCAGUGGUUCAGGGGCCCAGCUAUAGGGGGUCCCGUCCUUCCCACACCUUCCUCCUCCCAAACCCAGGGACCUGCAGAAAAGGGUUUCAUGUCCUAGGACCAGGUGACCAGUGUCCCAGGACAGCACGGU